ACUCUCUGACUCGCUCUAGCCUUUUCAUUCAUGCUGAAACACUUACCAGAUCAAUCAGAUAUCGACCCUCGAAUCACACAUCUGCGAUGUAAGUGCUGGGUGGUGGUGUAUCAAGUAUAAAUGCGAUCGUUAUACUACGUUUACCAAGUUCAACUCCCCUACUUGCCACACCCAUCCUUCAAUAAUAUGACGCUAGUCUCGAACGAUCCCAGUUGGUGGCCAACCAUCAAUGCGAAUCUCAUUUUCAGUUAUUUUGUAGUUGCUUCUUGUACUGGAGUAUUGUACGACUGGGGACUUAUGUUCGGAAAAGAGGUGGAACUGGUCUGGAGGAAACGCUGGUCCCUGAUGACCGUUUUGUAUCUCAUUGCACGAUGUGUUGCAAUAGUACAUGUUGUGAUGUAUAUCUUUGUCAAUGUUCCAACAAUUUCAACGACAGAUGCAGGGUGAGUAAGAUUUUCGAAAAACUCUUUGGUUCAAAAGCUAUAAAAACUCCCACAGCUGCCGUAUCAUGUACAACGCGCUUGAUUGGGCGAG